UUCAAAGCAUUAUAUUCAUCUUAUCCUUUCUCUUUCAUUUUUUUUUCAAAAGGCAAAUAUUUAAUCAAACAUUAUGGGUGUGAAUACUUUUACUCAUGAGUCCACAACCACAAUUGCCCCAACAAGGCUAUUCAAAGGUUUGGUUCUUGAUUUUGACAGCCUUGUACCUAAAUUGUUGUCACAUGAUGUUAAGAGCAUUGAGGUUGUUGAGGGAGAUGGUGGUGCUGGAAGCAUCAAGCAAAUGAACUUUGUUGAAGGUGGUCCAAUUAAGUACUUGAAGCACAAGAUUCAUGCGAUUGAUGACAAGAACUUAGAAACAAAAUAUUCACUUAUUGAAGGUGAUGUUCUUGGAGACAAAUUGGAAUCAAUUGCCUAUGAUGUCAAAUUUGAAGCUGCUGGAGAUGGAGGUUGUGUUUGCAAGACAACAACUACGUAUCACACAAAAGGUGAUUAUGUUGUUAGUGAAGAAGAACACAAUGUAGGCAAAGGGAAAGCCAUUGACCUAUUCAAGGCCAUCGAAGCGUACCUCCUUGCUAAUCCUUCUGUCUACGCUUAAGUGAUGAAAUAUGAAUCAGAUCCACACGUGAGAGAUGAUCAGGACGUGUUGCGAUAUUAUAUAAUUAAAUAUAAUUAUAUAUACGUGUGUUAUUUCUAAAAAGUUUAAACUUUUAGCUGAGACGAAAAAGUUUGAUCAAAAGUUCCAUGGGCUUGAGUUUUUACAUUGUUAUAGUUUUUUGUUGUGUGUUUUGUUCUUUCCAAUUGUAUGACAUGGAAAGAACUUCCAAUAAAUAAUAUUGAAAGCUUUGCUUUCUUUUUGCUUGUACCAAGC